AUGGCGCCACGAGGAGCCCGUGGUGGUGGUCAUUGUGGUUGUCAGAUUGGUGGUCGUGAUGCUGGAGAUAGAAAUGCAUCUCAAUCACACAAUAAUGCAGAAAGUCAACCUUCUUCUUCUUCAGUUAGAGGAUCAAACAUCUUGGAACAAGUUCCAAAUCAGAUUUCAUUGAUCAGAGCCAUCGCAUGUAUACUGAAGACGAUGUUUGACGGCCCAUGGACCUCAUGGAAGAAGAUUGACAAAGAACAUCAUGAUGCAAUGUGGGAACACUUCAAGCAAGCAACACUUAAACGCCCUCCUACAGGAGUUGAACUUUAUGCAAGGUUGGACACUAAACGGUCUACUCAAGAGUACAUUACACCAAAGGCAGCUAAAGUUAAGGAGGCUUAUGAAAGUGCUAUGGUGGCUAAGUUUGGUGAUGAUACUAGUUACCACCUCCUCUUGGAUAAUGAAACAUGGUGUGAUGUUUCCGGAGGAGUCAAUAAAGGAAGAAUAUAUGGAUUCGGAUCUGUGUCUGAUCCAACGAGCUUUUUGGAAGGAACAUCUAGUACAAUAACAUCCCAAGAGGUUGUCUAUGAACGUGUACGAAACGAGAUGCGUGGGGAAAUGGAUGCUAAAGCUGCAGAAAUGGAAGCUAAACAUCAAUAAAUGCGUGAGGAAAUGGAUGCGAAAGCUGCAACAAUAGAUGUCAAACAACAACAAAUUGAUGCAAAAUAUGAAGCAAUGGAGAAGAUGUAUGCAGCCUUGCAAAAUAUGAUGAGAAAUUGAAAAUUAGAGGUAAUAUGAUGUUAACCAUUAAUAUUUGAUGUUUUUAAAUGACUUGAAUGUGAACCGAAGAUGAUUGGAUGGACAUGAAAUGAAGAGAGCAUCUAAAAUGUUAUUUUGAAAUUAUGUUUUGUGAAAACUCGUUUCCCGUUGCAUACUUUGGAUUUCUUGGUGUUAAAAUGUUAUUUUGAAGUUAAACCUUUGGGAGUUUGAUGUUAUAUGGAUAGUUUUGGUUUUGGAUGUUUUUUGAAUGAUACUUUGGUAAACUUGGAUAGUUUUGGUAUUGUAAUGUUUGGUUGCAUUGUUAUUUAAUGUUUUUUAGUAUAAAAAUUUGAUGAUUGUA